UGUUAGUCUUGCAUCAUAGGUAAAGAAGUUAUUAUACUUUUACCGAGGAGACACACUGAACAAAGAAUAUUUCCAAGUUUCCAAUACUCUAGAAAAGAAUAAUACUGUCUUAAUCAAAGUAAAACCUACACUAAUCUUCGAAUUUUUCUUAAAAUAUUAUAAAGCAUUUGUCUUGUAAUUCCGAAAAAGAAAGGACACCAAAACAGAAAAUAAAAUCGAGAAACCGUGACUAUAUAUCCAAAUCUUUGAUGCCUUUUUCAAAUUGAAGUUUCUUUUGUCUGAAGUAAUAAAUUGAUGCUUUCCUUCACAAACCUAAAACUCUCAAAUGUUCUAUGCAUGUGGAGAAACUAAAAAUUUAAGAACCAAUUCCUAACACAGAGAUCAACCAAUGCAAUAAAAAUCCAAUUUUAUUAUCAUUUUGACUCAUAGGAAGAAAAAUGGCUUCAACAUUUCUUCUAGGCCAUACUCAGAAACUCACACUUCCUUUUUCUAAUUUCACUUCCACACAUAAACCAACUCUUAGAUCUCAAAGUCAAAACCCUUAUAUUGGCUUCCCCUCCAAUGGCGGUCGAAGCGGCUGUUUGUUCAUCAGAUCACCAAUCACGGUCGCCAAAUCAAACAGCAAAAGUGAUUAUCACGAUGAUAAAAAGCUCUUUACGCCAUUAAAAAUGGCAGCAGGAGCAUCCCUAGCACUAGCUUGUGCCUUAAGUAUCUUCGGGUUUAAGAUAAAGAAUAUGAGCUACACUGCUGCCGCAGCUGCCAAUCCAAGCGCCGCCGACAUGAUCAUAUCCGGGAAGCCGACUUCAGCCGUAUCCGCUACUUCCGGUAUGUAUCCUUUGCCAGCUAAGUUUGCAUUGCGGUCUCUCUUUGAAGUAAGCUCAAUGCUUGCUUCGGCUAAACCCAUUCCUUCUCAAAGGCCAUUUAAUCUUCACAAGCUCCCUUCUUUGCCUUCAAAGGAAGAUAUUGAUUCCAUUAAGAUGGAGGCGGUACGGAAGAUGAAGGAAGGAAAAUGUGAGGAGGCGGUGCAGCUCCUUCGUGACGCAAACAUGCGAUACAAAAACGAGCCUGAGGCCGACUUCAACGUGCAGAUGGCUCUCGUUGAGAUUUUAAUAUUGCUGGAAAGGUAUCAAGAAGCUGCUGAGUAUAGUUGUCUAAAUGACGAGAAUGCCCAGAUUUCUGAUGUUCGGAUCCCUCUUUAUAAGGCAAUUAUAUACACGAUGCUAGACAAAGAUACUGAAGCCAAGCAGUGUUGGAAAGAGUUCAGAAAAUCUAUUGGUGAAGGAUUUGACCCUUUCAGCUUCGAAGAAUAAUUAAUACUUGUAGAUCGAUCUAUUACCUAAAAAUUAUUGUCAUCCCUAAAACAUUUUUACCACCAGCAACUAGUGGUGAAUAAAUUAAAAAAUGUUCGAAUGUUAGAAAAAACUUCAAUCAUUCCUACGGAUAUUCUUCCAUUGUUGCACUCGCUCACGUUGAAUUUGAUUUUAUGCAAUAUCUUAAGUGACUAGUCACAUGAAUAUUGUUCUAUGUUUUUUUUUUU